CGAAAAGGCUGGGUAGAAUUAACAUUCAACGGAAAACGAUAACCUUUCUCUCUUUUUUUCCUGACGCGUCGCCAUGACAACCGUGCCAGUGCCUCGUGAUCGUGACGUCACAGCCCUCGAUGAGGCAGUUAUCCCCCCUGACUACUGAGGACUGGACGCCGAGAGAAGACAGCGCUGAUGGCUCUGGAUGCACGAUUCCUGCGACAUCAUAUGGCAGUCAAGUACAACAGCCACAGCACACCUCUUCAAGCAAGAUUCUGAGGAUAUUGUGAGAUAAAUUCGUGUCGUUGUACCGGCCAUGUGUGAUGCACUGGAAUGUAGAAAGCAAAAGAAACUUCGACCCUCUGAGCUCGCGUGCAUGAGUGUCGCUCCUUCGACAAUCAUCGAUAGCAGACGACAAUGACAGAAGCUGUUAGAGUCAUCGUCGCCGCCUCUGCAAAGAGAGAAAUGGUUGACAGCUGUGGAUUAUUCUGUCUGUGAUCCUGUCAUGACAGAAGAAUCCAGUCCACCCACCGCUUUCUGAUCAGCUUCGGAAGUCUAAAGUCAUCAAGUCCUUCUGGUCCUCCAUGUGAUGCUGCAAGAUGGCCGUGCGCAUUCUGUGGGGCAAGCGCAAGUCGCAGCGUAACGGUUACAGUCUGCACGAGUACAACGGCCCAGGCUACCGCGACACUGGGUCCGACGACGAGGACGAUGUCUUCGUGGACGACACGUCGCUGGAGGGCCUUAGCACGGCCUCCAAACCCCUCAUGCAUCCGCGCCAGCGAACCCGGGUGAAGAGCCGACGACCGGACUGUCGCUGCGGCGCCGUGUGCAAGCCUGUCCUCUACUUCCUGCUCAUGGUGAUCGUUCUUGGCGGGCUUCUCAGCCUCCUCCUGUAUGUGCUCAACAGACACAAAGGAGCCGACCAGGACUUUCUGAGCGGCAAGGCGGUCGUCCUCAGUUCAGGGCUUGACGACGAGCUUUUGGUUGGCUGUGACAAUGUGGAAGUGGAGGACGUGUGGGUGGUUGGGUUUCCCAAACUAUUAACGGAAUCGGCUUUUCGGUUGGUGGACGUCAAUCAGGACGGAGUACUGGAUGUCAUCCUUGGUUUCGCAACAGGUGUGGAUGGCUACAGCAUCCCGCCAAUCGUCUGUGACAUCUACUUCAACGGCACUUACCCUUGCCAUGGCGGGCUGCUGGCGUUGGAAGGGGCCACGGGGAGGGAACUGUGGCGUCACUACACGCAGCACGAGUUAUUCGCCGUCACGUGCAACGUGGACUUCGACAACGACGGCGUGCUGGACUGCCUGGGCGCCGGAAGAGCUGGGGCCAUGCAAGCAAUCAGCGGGAGGUCGGGGACGAUGCUGUGGGACUUCGUGCCUCAGGAGGCCAAGAUCGAGAUCAUGGGCGUCUACACCCCUCAGAUGGUGCCAGACCUGGAUGGCGAUCACGUGCCUGACGUCAUCGUCGCCCAUGGUGGAGACCCUCUGCAAGACCCAGGUAGUCCUUAUCGUCUGUCCGGACGGCUGCUGGUGAUGAGCGGGAGGACUGGGAGGGUACUGAGGUGGGUGGGGGUUCCAGACAACAAGGAGACAUACUACUCCCCUCAGGUAUACCUGCAGAGUGACGGCACACCUAUGGUGCUCUUUGGGACUGGGGGCGAGACACAUGGGGGGUCACUGUGGGUGAUCUCCGUCGACCAUCUUCUCAAGGGGCAGAUAAUGAAGGCGCGUGCACUGUACACCGACACAUUCAAGGGUGUGAUGACCCCACCUGUGUUGCUGGAUUUGACGGGUGAUGGCGUUCGCGACAUUAUUAUCUCCCCCUUCAACUCAACCGUCGUGGCCAUUGAUGGCGCUUCGUAUGAAAUCAUCUGGAACAUCACCUUCCCCCAGUCGGAGACCUACAGCACACCCGCCCCAGGCUUCUACAACGACGACGACAUUCCUGACUUCAUGGUGAACUUCGCCUACGGUCCAGGUUUCCCUGUCUAUUACCAUGCACAGACGACAGUUCUGGACGGCAGGACGGGCCAGCAACUGCUUGACCACCCCAUACAAAUGAGUGUCGGGGCACAGGCGUCCCCUCUCACCGUCUCCAUGGAGGGCAAAGGUCACGACCUGUUCCUUUACUGGUUGGCGGAUUGUCUCCAACAUGAAGGAGAAGGAGGCGAAUAUCACUUUCUUAAAGGUACCAAUGUUCACGAGAAAAGCCGGUCCGAUUUUUGUCGUCUCAGAUUCAAGACAAAAGGGUUCACCAGAAUUUUAGCUUUCGGCAGAAAUAUAAAAGCGCCGGGAGUUGCUAUCUACAACUCUGAGGACAGAAAGAGGCAGGAGAGACAGGACUGGGUCAACACCACAGCCGAGGCCCUCGACUUCCUCCAGCGUCACCCCGAACACCUUCCGCAGUUUCGUCUGUACCAGCAGGGACAGGAGACACCCAGUCCCCCUGAUGUGUCCCCACCCACCGUUGACGGUGGGCCGCACCGUUCUCCAGGAAAGCUACAGCAGCUCUCGUCUACCCGGGAGUCGUACAGCGCGCAGAACAGUGGAAUACCCUUAGCAGAAGGCCCUACCCACUCUGCAAAGAAGGGUUCACUGCGUGCGCCAGACAGUGAGAUAAGGUCAAGGACACAAAACUACCCUGCUCCCCGGAGCCAUCUGCAAGCUCCAGCCUACAACGACCCGCUCACUGUCGAAGGUAGCUCUCCUUACGACCUACCCCCUGGCCUGGCUGACUCCAUUUUUCCCGGAAGUGACUCCUCUGUCAACCAGGGUUUUCCCUCUGUCAACCAGGGUUUUCCCUCUGUCAACCAGGAGUAUUCCUAUGGGCUGAACCAGCCGAACGACUACUCCAAGUACUACCCUCAAACGGACGCCAGAGAUAGGUACGGAUCCGAUGACACAGCGUACAGCAACCGUGGCUACGGAAACAGAUUCAAACCGUACGGCAACUACUUUCAAAAAAGAAACUUUUUAGAUGCCGAUGGAAAUGAAAAUGAUGAAGAGCGUAAUCCUGAUGUUCUGGCUGGGUGGAGAAAUUCCGAGAAGCAAAAGGUGGCGCCAUCGUUUGCUGACACGCCGAGAGAGACUGCUGUAGGCUGGGAAGAAGACGACCAAGCUAAAAAUAGAAAGCUCGGUCACGCGCAGCAUCAUAGAAUGCAGGGUCAACCGCGAAAUACUGGGUUACCUUCCGGUAACUCUUUCUCAUUGCGCAGGAAGACACAGGAGGGAGCAGGCAGUUAUGGGAAUUUCAGGGAAAGGGCCGCAAGCUCCGAAGCAGUGCAGGACAACAGUCGGGGUCACCUGACUAAUGAAGUAAACCAAGCGACAGAUCACCUGACCUCCAGGAUCUCUCACGGCUACGACGACAGUGAAGGCCAAAGGGGCGAGAUCUUUGGCACCCGACUAGACAAAGGGAAGAAAACCGCGAUCAACGAUCCCUACAAGCCCGACUUUUCGAGUUUUAGGGGCUCUUCACCCGACUUCUCGAGGACGCCUGGCGUGGGAGACUUUUCAGAGAACGAGGUGGAGCAGGCGCCCUCUUCUGGACAGUUGAAGACACCGACCAACAGGAAGUCACUGGCAAAGGCCAAGUUCAUGAAGCGGCGUCGGCGGCGAAGACGUCACGUGGGUCCACACGAUGACGAUGGACUGCAGCGCCUCCUGUCCACCGGUACCGUGGCUCCCAGCAGCCUACCCGCGGACCACCCGGAUUUCCCCCAUUCUGUCGACGUCAUCUUCGCCACCUACUGGUUCUUUCCGGCCAAGACGCAGGCCAUCCUGCCGCAGGACCAGUCGUGCAUCGCGGACGCCAUGGAGAAAGAGACGCAACGCUUUGAUCCCAAUAAUCCUUAUUAUGGGAUGGACCACGAUGCCUACGAGCACAGCAUCACAGAAGAAUGCCUGAAGAAAAGCAACCACCAGCUUAGCGACAUUGGAACCUACGAAUCCCAAGUGACAUACAACCCCUACAACUUGCAUAUGGGGCAGAUGACUGUGUACAGGCUUCGCAUUAAGUGUACGUGCACCAAAUCAUUUCCUGAAAAAGACAAGAAGCGAUGUUCGAGAGUGUUACCGUACCAUCAACAGCAAUGGCCGGCGUAUAUGGGGAGAAACGGAGACAGUCAUUGGCUGAAACACACGUAAUUUUAAGCCAGUCAGAGACGAUCUAUUUUUGUUGCACAAAUAAUAAUUUUAAAUAUUUUAUUCUUGUAAUUAUAUAAAGUGAAUAACGAGUGCAUAUUGUGUUCGGUUUAAUGGCAGUUAUACUGGGUCAGCUACAUCGUUAGUGACUGUCGACUAGUGUUCACAGCCUUCACCUGCAACUAAAGGUGCGAGCAAUCGCCUCCUUCCUCAUACCUUUCUUUUUUUUUUUUUUUGUUGGCGUUAAUGACAGCAUCCAUUGUUUCUGGGACAAUACAGGGUUUGCAGACCACUGAUGCUCACUGGAAAAUGUCUUUGCUUUGAUAAAAUGGCUUUUGUCCCUGACCACUGACUUAGAUGGCACAGACUUCUGACUGAGAUGACACAAUCACAGGCGACAUAUUUGGCCAGAACAUAGUUAUGAAGGGAGCGAACAUAUUUAUGAAGGGAGAGUAACUCUUUGCCCCGACAAAAGGGGAAAAACCAAGGGAAUGGGUUGUGUCUCCAUUGUCCACACCCCGUGGAUCUUGCUUUAUGUUACUUUACCAUUAGAGCAUCGGUCUUGAAACCAAUCUGUAACUAAGGAAACGAGAUGCUUUUUCCUUGCUUAGUCAUGUUGCUCCCUGAGCAACGACUGACUUCACAACUAUCUUCCCAUGUAACUGUCAUGGGACUGUUCAGAGGAAUCUGUCUCAUCUGCAUGGGGUGUAAUAGUUUCUCGGGACAACAAUGUCAUGACAUUAAUGCUAUGCUUGCCAGCACCUGCCUGACCAGAACUGCGCAGUAUCAGAAACAUCUGAUGCCUGCUCACACACCCACGUCUGUCCUACCCGAAUACACCCAAACUCACGUGCACAGUCAGCUGUAACCAACACUGGGAGGUCAGACGUGCAAAGCGUGAACUUUGUUUAAAGGAAAUGUCUUUUUUGCAGAUCACUCAUUUAAAAAAAUGUAUUCGAUAAAAUAAUUGUUCUUCUCUCGGUCCCAGUGAAGUAACACGUAUACACGCAUUAACGGAUGGACAGGUCAUUGUAAUGUGAUAUUGAUGUGAUACGCCAGUUUUCGAAUACCUCAGUAUCUCUUGGGAUCACAGUCAUGAAACAGAGCUACAUGCAUAGUCUCGCAUUUACAAUCGUUCAAUGUUCACAGCCCUAGUGAGCCCUGUGUUGGAGGAACGGGUAGCUUAUUGGUUAGGGCAGCGUUCAAGCCAUUUACCCUGGGUACCUGGCUUCGAACAGAGCUGGGGCAGGUAAAGUAGGUUGGGGGAAACUUAACAAUUUUUUUAUAAUAAAAAUCUGGACUUCAGAUAUCUGAGGACUCUAGCCGCUCAAUCCUCUACGACCAUAGGGUCACAUGACUGCGCGAACAGCACGCGACACUGACCUGUGGAUUUUCAAUCGGACUUCGAGGUCAAGGCCUGUUUCCAAUUAAAGAAUCCCUCAACGGUUUCUGCCUUUAGUUAGUUAACCGUAAGGUUACCUCUGCUCCAUGACUACGGUCCCUGCUUUGUAAAAUAUGCAUCAGGGCGAGGUUUUAAUUUUCUUUGUCUACUUGUAUUCGUGCGUCCGGGCAAGGUGUUAGUUUAAGUUUUGUGCAUCGCAUCUCUUGUGCACAAAAUCUUCAGUUUUAUAUUUCGUUAAAAGUUUCCUGUACAUAAUUUUAAUGUUAUAUUGCUUUCAUUAUAUUUCAGUGGGUCUUUUCUGGAAGUCUUUAUUUGACUUUUUGUACACAAAAGUUUAAUCUUAGCUUUUUCUGCCUUGAUUGAAUUAUUUAUUAAAUAGCAAGUCUGUUUUCCUUUAUUACUGGGCCUUGUAGUAUACACAUUUCCUAUUUAUUAUUCCGCUGGCUAGAUAUGAGCUGUAUAUCAUUGCACGGACCAUGUGUCAUUCUGUUUCAUUGUAAAACUGUCUGGUAGCUGAAAGCAUAUUUCAUUAUUUCUUUAGACAACAUUUCCCCUGUUCUCAAUGAAUGGUUUGAAAAGGCCAUUUUUUUACAGUUCGGACACCUAUUGUGUGAGAAUAUUUCAUUUACUCAGGAUGUCGAUCAACAAAUUCUGUGUUUUAGCAUAUUCUUUUGUUAUUAAUUUGGUUAUUGCUAUUUUACGCCGCGUCAGCAGUCAAGAGUUACAUCAAGAGAGAGAUGACAUCCACAGCCAUCUAUGAUCAUUAUUGUCAUGAAGACAGCUCAUUGUGUUUCACUGCCUAAGUAAAAUUGCUUGGAAACUGAAA